CGAACGACGUGUUGGGUGAAACGUAUACUGUUUGGUUGGGUACGCUCUCUAAAGUUUCGAACCUCAGAUGAGGUGUGAAGGCCGGACCCUUGUUUGACCUUCUCAGGUGAAGUUGUCCUUCUCGCAAAAAAACCACAAGAGGGCUUUCACUUUCUCAUCCUCGGCGAUUCAUAAAAGAGAGGUCAGUGCACUAUUUGGUAUCGUACAUUCCGUCCUCAACCCCGGCUUUUGACGUCGCUGUGAAUAAAAAAUUUAAAAGCCAUAUACCUUUCCCAACUGGCUGCUGAUGUAAACGUCUUCAAAGUUGGAGUGUCAUGAACACUUAAAUUAGUUGGUGUGGUGCUUAUGCGUUAUAAAUUAAACUCGAUUUCAGAGAAAAUUAUCACAUUAAGUUUCAACAUGGGCACUCCUGUUCAUAUGUAUGCAUUCCUCGCUGCUAUGCUAGUAUGCUGUUUCUCUCAAGUGAGCAGUUAUACAUUGGCAACGUCAGAAUGCCGAUCUCAAGCAGAUUGUGGUCCAGGGGAGUGCUGUGUACUUGGUAUGAUGCGAUACAGCAUGGCGCAGUGUAUGCCUCUGGGUCAAGUGGAGGAUUACUGCAGGGAUGACAACCCGCCUGAGAAUCGUACCCUGUACUAUCCGAAUGGCGAACCCGUAGAAGUGUACGAGAUAUACACGCACGUCUGUCCAUGCGACGAAUCUCUGCAGUGCACCGACAAUUUUUGUGCGAUGGAUGAAUCCUACGAGAACAAUUAUCUCUACUAACACAACUCAUCUGUUUUCGUAUCAUUUUUAUUUAUUUUGAUGAAUCGAGUGAAAUACAAUGCAUUAUAGACUAUGGGCCGAAGCCAUUUAUCCUUUCGUUCGUAUUCAUUCGAAUGAACUUUUUUUAAUUAAUAAAAACUGCGUCAUAAUACUUCUGAAGUUUUGAAGUAUCACAUUAUUCUUAAAAAAAAAAUACCAACUAUUUUUAAUAAUAUUUCAUUACGUGAGCGACCAAUUAUCUAAUAGAAAUGCUCAUUUUACAUCACACUUAAAAUAAAUUUUAAAGUUACAUUCAUGCCUUGUGAGUGCAUCUAUGAAAAAAAAAGUUGGACUCAACUAUUUAAGCAUCAAAAUCAACCGAAAAAUGUUAUUACAUACAAAUAUCUAGAUCAAUUGGUUGGUUAAACUUACAAAUUAGGAAUUAUUGAAGAGCUUACCCACUGCACGCAUACGGUAAAAUAAAAAGCCGCAUAUAAAAAUAAAAAGCCGCGAAAGUUUUUUAAUAGAGUACACCAUAUGUGGUUAAUUGUUUUUAAAAUCCAGACUGUGUUGACAGAAUAUAAAUAUUUAGACUAAUUUUUGAUUUUGAGCAUUCGGCCCACAGCCUAUUUUUCUAUGAUUAUGCUUGAUGGUAUUUGUAUAACCGAAAAAGUAAUGUGCUUUUUGGAGCCAGCUUCAAAUUUUUUUCAACUUUUGAAGAGUUCGUCGUUUAGCGGUUAACGGUCGCUAGUAGUUUAACUGUUGGGUUUUCGAUUUGUUCUAUUCAUAGUUUCAACAUGACGUCAUUAUUUUUAAUUGAUUAUUAAUUUCUUCAUUAAUUUAAAUAUUUCUCUCAGAAAAUUAAACUUCAGAUAACAAAAGUUAAACUCUUAGAGAAUAAUAAAAUACAAUUCACGAUUUUUUCAAACUUAAGGAACAUUCCUACUAAAUGUAGUUUAAUCGUUCUACUUUAAAUGCAUCAAUCAAAUUCUUAAUUUCUAAAUAUAUAUUUGAUAUGAAUUUUUACUUUGAUGAAAAAAUGUCCCAAAAUAUAUUGUUGGAGCAGUAUGGAAAAUAACUUGUAUCAAAAUGAAAAGCUUAUUUAAAAAAAGUCAUUAAAGAGAAGGAAAAAAUAUAUCCACUCUACUCUAAAGAUGACAACCGAUUAAACUAUUCAUUUUGUUUACGAACAGCAUCAUCAAAACAAUUUGGAGCGGCUGCCAAAAGCUCCGUGUCGGGGAACAGGUAUCUUAUACAAUAAAAAUUGAACAUUAUAAAAAAAUAUCGUUACUUUUUUGUUGUUGAAAUGUGACGCAUUAAUAAUGUCAUUAUUGUCUAUAACGUCUUAUUGUCUAUUAACGCGGUAUUACUUCGAAUGGAUAAAAUCUCUUUUAUACUUGAUAGAUAUUAAAAUAGCAUUGAGAUUCGAACAUUUGUCUGAAAUUUUGCCUAUAAACUUUGCACAAUAGAAAACCUGCAUUACUGUAUUCUACGGACCGCCUUCUAUGAACUAGAGAUUAAAGCAGACUUUUGUUUAAACUGAGUAGAAUAAGUUCCUUAACACAGACAGAAAAUCAAGCAACUGAAAAAUAAGAAUGUGCAAAACUUCUUCAUUCAAUUUAAACAGAAGUUUAGAAGUUUUUAGUUCACGCAUUAAGUGCAAACUAUUGUCUGUGCACUAAAUACUCAAAAUAGAAAGAAAGAGACACUCUAAAUAACUUUUAUUCCAAAGUUUGGAUUUUCAGAAAAAAGAAUCACACUUAAUGGUUCACGAGGGGGACCUUAAAUAUGCUAAUUAAUCAGUGCAGAUGUCAUUUUAAGUUAAGUUACCUAAAUAAAUUAAGUUAAUUUUGCUUUUGUAUCUGAUUUUGUAACUUAAAAUAUACUCCAGCAAUUAAGAAGUCCUAGUUCGUGCAAAUCCAGUCAUUAGAACGAAAGUUAUUUACGCUGUUUCGUAGUUUUUUUUCUUUUGUUUACUGUGCAUUAGAUUUGUAAUAGUACAAAUAAUCAUUGAGAUUUGCAAGUUAUACGAAAUAUGUCGCAUAUAAUGUAAAUCAGCAUAUCCCUAAGAAAGGAAAGUGCCAUAAAAAUGUUUCACUACAUCAAAUUCUAUUUCACAUCUUUUUUAAAUUUACAGUAAGGACCAAGUUAACUAGAUUUUCGAAUAUUAAAUGAGUAAUCUUUUGUUUUCAACUGAACUGGAUCCUUGCAAUUCUCUAUCUCUUGCAAAGCAAUAUAAUUUAGUCUUGAUCGAGCAGUUUUCUCCGAUCUUUACAAAGUCGCAAUUUGUAAUGCACCAUUAAGUAGAAGGAAUAGUCAUAUUGCAUUUCCAAAUUGUUGUUGUAGAUAAAAUACCUAAAAACAAUUGUACGAGAAUAAAUUGCUUUAUGCUACGCUACGCUGUCUUUCAGUAGUUCGAAUAUUCCAUUAAUUACUUUCAAAAAAUUUAGUUCCAAAUUUAACAAUUUUAUUUUCAGAAAAUUCUUAGCAUAUAGGAAAAACAAACUGUAGAUAGUUCACCACGACAACAGUGAAUUCUGCUGUCAAUUACGGAUUUAAAAUCCUCUGAGCUAUGUUGUGUGUCAUUUUAUUGAUGUACGAUAAAUAGCAUUCAUGAACACAUUAUGUUUAAAAAAACUCUGAUGUUUUAUUAGUAUCAUAUCGAAUAUUAAAAAGCCAUAUACUAUAUAUAUAUCAUGUGUAUAUAAAUUCAUUUGUGGUUGUUCCAUUUCAUAGCUAUGUAAUAUGCGACCUGUGUUUCGCCAAACCAUGACAUGAUGUGUGGCCUGGUGCCCAUAUAAUAUAUGUUUCAUUUGUGUUGAUAUUUGUCAUUAAUAAAAAAAAACAUUUAUGAUA